AUGAAACAAGGCACUGUAAUUAUGGGUGGAAAUGGUGGAGGAACAGCAGCAAAUCAGUUCAACAUCCCGAUUGGUUUGUCUUUCGAUCGACAUGGUAAUCUCUAUGUCGCCGAUUUUGGUGGCCAGCGUGUUCAACGAUUUUCUAUCGAAAAAGACUUGUGAAUUUUUCUUUUUUUUUGUUCGUUUCCUUUUCUAUACUUUGAAAUAAAUGAACAAAAAAGAAAUUUUCUUUCUUUGUUUUUUUUAUAAUUCUUUCUCACUGGAAAGAAAAGAAAAAGGCUAAAAAUAAAAUUACAUUAUGUUUCUUCUUUUUAGCUCUAUAAUAUAUCGAAAAUGAAUUCGACAUUAAUAUGCAGCAAAUAGGAACAGAUUUCAUUGCAACAAAAAUUAUUUUUGAAGCGAAAUCUUUUGAUGAUUUUUAACCUCAUUUUCAAAGACAUUUUUUGUUUGUUUACUUCAUAUCAACAGUAGAAAAAAACCAUGUAACUUCAUUUUUAGCAUGAAUGUCUAACAGUCGUUGUGUAGUAUUUUCACAAGAUAGAAAAACAGUUUUUUCUAAUAAAAAUAAGAUAUUACAAUUUAUUUCCAUACGUCAAUUUAUGAUUUCACGCUAUUCAUAUUGUAUUUUGUUCAGGGAAAUAACUUGUAACAGCCACCAUCAAUGAAUUCGUAUAUUACUCGAUUUAAAUCAGAAUGAUAUCUAACAACUAUCGAAAUCGGUACUUCAUCGUUGCCAUCCUAAAAAAAAAACAUUUUUUUUAUAAGAGUCAGCUUAAAACAAUUGUGCCGAUCACACACAAUACACUUCGACCUAUCAAAAUAUGAUCUUAUUUGGUUCAACAUUAUUCAAUUGUAACUAGUAAAUCAGUGAGAUCAUUUUCAAUAAAAAUACCGACAAUUGUCUUGUUAAAAAAAGAAAUUAGCAGCUGUUUAUGAAUAUCGAGAUUGUUUCUAUCAUUAACACUUUAUAAGUUUUAAUUGAUGUAUACCCUUUUUCUUCCAAAAUGAAUAAGCAGAAUAUGUUUGAUACAAAAUGUAUGCAGCCGAGCAGUUGAAAAAAUGUAAUUCUAUUACUUUUAUGAAUGGUCUAUGCUUAAUUAUUUCAAGAAUAAAUCAUUGUUUUCUUUUUGUUGACUAAGAAGACAAAAUGAAAAUUGAAUACUAUUUUUUGUACGUCAUUUUGAUUUGACUAGAUCUGAAUUAUAUUUUUACAAAUAAAAUACUUUUAAUCGAUUAAACAAUUCAUUUCUAUUCGUAAAGAGAAAAUCAUUUUUUAUAAUAUUUAACGACAUCUAUUGUCUUUUUUUCUUUUUAUUUAAUUGAAAAGUGUUGCUCUGGCAGGUCGAUGUUUCCAUCAACCCGCACGAUUUCGUCAUCGCAACAUGUAUUUGAUCAGUAAAGAUCAUUUACCUCUUGGUAAGUUGUAAUAAGCAAUUUUUCUCGCUGCGAUGCGGGGCACGAUAUUUCUUCUGUCCUUACGCGUUUCGUUUUUUUUCUGUUCUGUGCGAGCCUUGGAGUGAGCGAUGUGUCAUUGCAGUCGCAAUUUCGUGCUUUCUUAUCCUCCAAGAUAGGCAUCGCUUCUCGGCCUUUUCGGCUAAGAUCAAAGUGUAGUAUCUGUUCUCGUCGGUUUGAAAGCCGGCGCUGGUCCCAUUGGGGCCAGGCUCUUUCAAGCGGAUUUUUGGACAUCGGCCAGG